CAGGCAUUUACACCAUCUGAAGUCAAACUGUGAACAAUCACACACACACACACAUUGGCUCUGUGUGUACAUCACUAAUUCACAGCCUGAGCAGGCGGGGCCGUGCACACUGCCGGUUGCACUUAUAAACCUCGGGGUGCUCUGUGCAUGCUGAUUUCCAGCAGGAACUCUCAAUCCAGUCUGCAGAUCCUGUGAGACGGCGAGGAGAAUCUUUCGGUCACCAUGGAUGAUGACUUUGACCGCCGCAUGGAGCUGAGGAGGCAGAGGAGGGAGCAGAUGCGCCAGGAGGUUGACAAGGUUGGUUUUACCAAUGAUGAUGAUGAGGACGAAGCACGAGAGCGAAGAAGACGUGCAAGGGAAGAGAGGAAGAAGAUGAGAGACGGGGAGGAGUCUGGGACGGCGGAUGUGAUCAGUACUAACAGUGUGAUGGAGGCCGAGUCCUCCCCGGCCAGCGCCGGGGGGGCGGACGACGACCAGGUCCUGCUGGACCGCCUGGCCAAGCGGGAGGAGCGGCGGCAGCAGAGGAUGAAGGAGGCGCUGGAGAGGCAGAAGGAGCUGGACCCCACCAUCGGCACCACCAACGGCACGGACAGCCCGGCCGAGGAACCGUCUGCAGACGGCGGCAGGCAGCAAGACGCCGAGGACAAGGAGGAGGAGAAGAAGGAGGAGGAGGAGAAGAAGGAGGAGGAGGAGGAGCAGAAACCGGAGAAGGAGGAGGAAAAACCAGAGAAGGAGGAGGCAGCUGACACCAACUCCUGGAGGAAGGAGGAAGAAGACAAGGAGGAGCAGAAGGAGGAGGCGGAGGAGAACGCCGCAGCCACAGAGGAGGAGGAGGAGGAGGCCGAGGAGGCCAGCGCAGGAGAGGAAGAGGCCGGAGAGGAAGAGGAGGAAGGAGCUGCACCGGAUGCUGACAACGAGGAAGAAGAGAGAAAGAGGAAAGAAGAGGAGGAGAGACAACAGAGAGAAGCAGAGGAAAAGCAGAGGAUAGAGGAGGAACAGCAGAGGCAGCAACGAGAAGCGGAGGAGAAUCUGAAGAAGGAGGAGGAGGAGGAGAGGAAAAAGAGGGAGGAAGAAGAGCAGCAUCAAAAUGAGGAAGAGGAGAAGCUGAAGAAAAGAGAGCAGGAGGAGAAGAAGAAGAGAGAAGAGGAGGAAAAGCUGAAGAGAUCUGGGUUUAAAGACAAGCAUGAGGCACCCAAACAGCCUGGAGGUGUCGCUGAAAACAGAUUCAAGAAGACAGAAAAGACAUCAAGAGACAGCGCUCCCUCGAGCAAGGCGGACGACGUGGAGCGCCAGGAGGCCGAGCGAAAGCUGCAGGAGCUGAAGAAGCGGCGGAACGACGCGGAGAGCGAGGAGAUGGAGAAGAUGAAGCAGAAGCAGCAGGGCGAGCAGGCUGAGCUGGAGGAGCUGAAGAAGAAGAGGGAGGAGAGGAGGAAGAUCCUGGAGGAGGAGGAGAGGCAGAAGAAACAGGAGCUGGAGGAGAAGAAGGCCAAGGAGCAGGAGGAGAGAAAGAGGAUGAAGGAGGAGAUUGAAAAAAGGAGGGCAGAGGCAGCAGAGAAGAAAAAACACCUGGAGGGAGAGUCUCCAAAACCUGCGUUUGCAAUCGGUGCCAAAGGCUCAUCGAAGAUCGGGGAGAAGGCAGAAUUCCUGAGCAAAUCAGCCCAGAAACACACCGGAGCGAGAGCGUCUCACACCCCAAUAGUCUCCAGGGUUGGCAACAGACUGGAACAGUUCAAUUCUGCUGUCCAGGGAAACAAAGAUGUAAAAUCCCCCAAGUCUCCAGUGGCAGAUAUUCCUACUGGAGGCACAAAGAGCAUCAAGAACAUGUGGGAGAAAGGCAACGUCAGCAACUCCUCUGAAAGUCCAACUCCAGCUCCAGCUCCAGCCAACAAGGAAGUGGCUGGUGUCAGAGGAGGCGUGUCCGGCCGCUGGUCAGCAAAGCCUGCUGAGCCAGAGAAGGCAGCGGCUCCUGCUCCUGCCCCGGCGGCGGCGGCGGCGGCGGCCUCGCCAGCAACAAAAGCAGCAGGCGCAGCAGCAGCAAAGCCAACAGAGGUGAAACCAGCUGAAGUGGGGAACAAGCGCAGCCUGUGGGAAACCAAGAAGACUUCCACGCCUGGAAAGUUGUCGAUUGGAGCCAGGAGCAAGUUUCUUACCAACGCAGGCGUGAAGCCCUGAACACUGACAUCCCCCAUAAAUCAAGGCUUACAUGAACCAGCACAGCUUCUGGAAGCACAUCCACCGCCACCAACACCACCACCACCAACACCACCACCACCACCACCAUCAGCAGCAGCAGCAGCAUACCGGACAUUUCCAUGAGAUUCAAGGAGCCACGACAGCAAUAAGAAGCCUCCAGCUGCAGUUCGUCUUCCGGCGCCAUUUCCCUGAAAAUGGAGGGAUAUCAGUGUGUUUUCAUUUUGACUGGACAAACUUUUUACCUGACGGGAAUAAGAAGAAUGCACCUCAUGCUCAAUGCCCAAAUCUUUGCUUUUCAUUUCUAAAGUUUAAACAGCAGCCUGUAAAAGUGUCUUUUUGUCUCAAAUGACAACUUACGGGCAUUUUGUGUUCUGUGCAGGACGACAGAGUUUAAAACGAUUAAAAUGAAAACUGUCACUGA